GACCUCGAGCCACCGUCCUCCGCCGAGCGGUCUGCGCGGGCGAUGGCCGCGACCCGCGUCGAUUCCCGCGCCUGGGAGAUCUUCACCACGAUGGAGUACGGACCGGCGCCGGAGAGCCACGCAUGCGCACUGGCCUGGCUGGACACCCAGGAGCGGCGCUUGGGCCACUACGUGAAUGGGAAGUGGUUAAAACCAGAGCACAGGAGUGCCGUGCCCUGCCAGGAUCCAGUCACAGGAGAGAACUUGGCCAGCUGCCUGCAGGCACAAGCCGAGGAUGUGUCUGCAGCCGUGGAGGCGGCCAGGACCUCGCUUGAAAGCUGGAGCAGAAUUCCUGGAGCCAAGCGGGCCCAGCACCUGACCAGAAUGGCCAAGAUGCUGCAGAAGCACGAGCGGCUGCUGUGGACCCUGGAAUCCCUGGUAACUGGCCGGGCAGUUCGAGAGAUUCGAGAUGGGGAUGUCCCACUGGCCCAGCAGCUGCUCCAGUACCAUGCAGUCCAGGCAUACACCCAGGAGGAGGCGCUGGCAGGCUGGGAGCCCAUGGGAGUCAUCGGCCUCAUCCUGCCACGUACUUUCUCCUUCCUCGAAAUGAUGUGGAGGAUUUGCCCUGCCCUGGCUAUGGGCUGCACCGUGGUGGCCCUUGUGCCCCCUGCCUGCCCCACUGCCCUGCUCCUGGCCCAGAUGGCCGGGGAGCUGGGCUCCUUCCCAGGCAUCCUCAACGUGCUCAGUGGCCCUGCCAGCCUGGGGCCUGUGCUGGCCGCACAGCCUGGAGUCCAAAAGGUGGCCUUCUGCGGCACUGUGGAGGAAGGACGUGCCCUUCGGCGUACGCUGGCGGGCCAGGGGGUUGAGCUGGGCCUGGCGCUGGGCACUGAGUCACUGCUGCUGCUACUGGACUCGGGGGACGUGGACUCGGCCGUGGAGGGUGUUGUGGACGCGGUCUGGUCCGACCGCAGCCAGGGCGGCCUCAGAUUCCUCAUCCAGGAGUCCAUAUGGAAUGAAUCCCUGAAGCGGCUCCAGGCACGGAUGGGGCGGCUGCGGGGCGGCCGGGGCCUGGACAGUGCUGUGGACAUGGGGGCCCGGGGAGCUGCCGCACGGGAGCUCGCCCAGCGCUAUGUGGGUGAGGCCCAGAGCCAGGGUGCACAGGUGUUCCAGGCUGGCGAUGUGCCCUCAGACAGCCCAUUCUAUCCCCCAACGUUGGUUUGGGGCCUUCCUCCAGCUGCCCCAUGUAUCCAGGCCGAGGUUCCCUGGCCUCUGGUCGUGGCCUCCCCUUUCCGCACAGCGAAAGAGGCACUGGCCCUGGCAAACGCGACGCCCCGAGGAGGCAGCGGCAGUGUGUGGAGCGAGAGGCUGGGGCAGGCGCUGGAGCUGGGCCACGGGCUCCACCUGGGCACCGUCUGGAUCAACAGCCACGGCCUCAGGGACCCUGGGGUGCCAACAGGCGGCUGCAAGGAGAGUGGGUCUUCUAGGCACGGGGGCCUGGACGGUCUGUAUGAGUAUCUGCGGCCCUUGGGGACCCCGGCCCGGCUGCCUGCGCUAUCUGAGAACCCAAACUACGACACCUUCGGCCUUGCCGUGCCCCCAACCCUACCAGCUGGGCCAGAAACGGGGCCCAGCCCUGCACCCCCCUAUGGGCUCUUCGUUGGGGGCCGUUUCCAGGCUCCGGGGUCACGGAGCUCCAGGGCCAUCCAGGAUUCACAGGGCAAGCUCCAUGGUUAUGUGGCUGAGGGCGGAGCCAAGGACGUCCGCAGUGCUGUGGAGGCCGCACACCAGGCUGCCCCUGGCUGGACAGGCCGGUCACCAGGGGUCCGGGCAGCCCUGUUAUGGUCCCUGGCAGCCGCCGUGGAGCGCCGGGGACCCAGCCUGACCACAAGGCUGGAGAGGCAGGGAGUGGAGCCCAAGGCCGCCAAAGCCGAGGUGGAGCUGAGUGUGCAGCGACUGCGGACUUGGGGAGCCCGGGCCCAGGUUCAAGGUGACACCAUGCAGGUACCUGUACUUAGAGGCCCAGUGCUACGGCUGCGGGAGCCCCACGGCGUGCUGGCUGUCGUGUGCCCGGACGAGUGGCCCCUGCUUGCCUUCGUGUCCUUGCUGGCCCCAGCCCUGGCACACGGCAAUGCUGUGGUCUUGGUGCCCAGCAUGGCCUGUCCCCUGUUGGCCCUGGAGCUCUGCCAGGAGAUGGCCUCCCUGCUCCCCGCGGGCCUCGUGAACGUGGUGACAGGAGACCAGGACCACCUGACCCGCUGCCUGGCCUUGCACCAGGACGUCCAGGCCCUGUGGUAUUUCGGAUCUGCCCAGGGCUCUCGGUUUGUGGAGUGGGCCUCCGCAGGAAACCUCAAGCCCGUGUGGGUGAACAGGGGCAGCCCGCGCGCCUGGGAUCAGGAGGCCCAGGGGGCAGGCCCGGAGCUGGGGCUGCGGGCGGCCCGGACCAAGGCCCUGUGGCUGCCCAUGGGGGACUGAGCGCUCCAUCUUGGACCAAGGAGAGAUGAACGCCAACGCACAGAUGCCUGGAACUUUCCCGAUGUGACUCCCACGACUUGUAAUAAAUCUCUGCCCAACUUUG